CGUGACUGUGCUCCAACCAUAGCUGUAAAUAUCAGUGGAGUUAGCAAGCACGAGCAACUGCUCUGUCACUGCUUUACCUUUGUAAAUUAUGUUCUGUCACACGUUGAUAACGUAACCGGUGGACAGCCUGGCUUAUUCAACGCCUCUCGAUGAAACGGCCACUGCUUCGUUUAUACAUGUAUAAUAUAGGCUGCUGAACUUUGGCAUCUUAUCAGUGUCUUGGCUAGCAUAGCCUAGCGCUAGCAAGCCGCACUAAAGCGUUUCGCGUUGUGGUGGGUUCUGUCACUUACCAUAAUGCAAGCGGAAACUGCUAUUAGAAUUGCGGACAGUAAUGAAGGUAAAGUGGAUGUGUUUCAGCAAAACAAAACUCCAAGCUCGGGAAGAGCUAGUACCAAAAGCUGGCAGUACAGUGAUCACAUGGAGAAUAUUGAUGGCUACCUGAUGAAAUACACCAAUCUGGUGACAGGGUGGCAGUACAGGUUUUUUGUAUUGAACAACGAGGCAGGCCUGUUGGAGUACUUUGUCAAUGAGCAAUCCAGGCCACAGAAGCCCCGAGGCAUGCUACCCCUGGCAGGGGCUGUGAUCUCCCCCAGCGAUGAAGACUCUCAUACAUUCACUGUUAGUGCAAUCAGUGGGGAGCAGUACAAGCUCAGGGCCACUGAUGCCAAAGAGAGGCAGCACUGGGUGAGCAGACUGCAGAUCUGUACACAGCAUCACACAGAGGCUCUAGGGAAGAGUAAUCCCCCGCCAAAGUCCCGCAGUUACUCCAUGGCUUCUCAGAGCAGUGGCAGCUCACCAAUGUCUGUCCGCCGUCCAAGCCAAAACCCAACUUCCUUAUUUGGCUGGUCACAAAUUCAGAAAAGCUCAUCGAUGUAUUCCAGCAAGAGGUCGCUCCUUCCAGAUCACCUCAACGAAGCCAGAGAAAUGAUGAGCCAGGCCCAGGGCCAACACAAGAACCUAAUCCAGAGUAUUGAGGGACUGCCUGCAGCUCCCAGCCUCUCCCCUUUGGAUCAGGACCUGCUGAUGUUAAAAGCCACGUCGAUGGCCACCAUUAACUGCCUGAAUGAGUGCCUACACAUCCUUCAUCUUCAGCAGGUGGCAAAACAGAGGAGCACCCUGGCAGGGCCAACCAUCGAGUGGCUUGAGCCCAAGUUGCCCGACACCCUGAAGAAUGGCAACAGCUCCCUGGGCAGCCUAACCACAGGGGACAUACAGCUGGAGGAGGGCCAUCUGGAGGUCAGCAGCCCCGAGUCUUGCAGUUUCUCUGGGGAACAGGAAGACAUAGACGUGGACGAUGAGAUGGAAGAUGCCUUCACAGACCAGGAGGAGGACUUGGGAGCUGUUGAGGAGGAGCGCAGUGUCAUCCUACACCUGCUGUCACAGCUGAAGCUUGGCAUGGACCUCACACGGGUGGUCCUCCCCACUUUCAUCCUAGAGAAACGCUCGUUGCUUGAGAUGUACGCUGACUUUAUGUCACACCCCGACCUCUUUGUGACCAUCACUGACGGCAGCAGCCCGGAGGAGCGCAUGGUUCGGUUUGUAGAGUACUACCUCACCUCUUUCCAUGAAGGCCGCAAGGGUGCCAUUGCCAAGAAGCCUUACAACCCCAUCAUUGGUGAGACAUUCCACUGCUCCUGGAAGGUACCCAAGAAUCCAGAUGCCACCACGAACCCCGCACAGGAAACCCCAGAGGCAGGUCCCUCCCAAGACACCCAUUUGGUGCGUUUUGUGGCAGAGCAGGUAUCCCAUCAUCCCCCUGUUUCUGGGUUUUACGCUGAAUGCCCGGAGAGAAGGAUGUGUGUUAACACACAUGUGUGGACCAAAAGCAAGUUCAUGGGGAUGUCAAUUGGCGUUUCUAUGAUUGGUGAAGGUUGUCUGUAUUUGCUGGAGCAUGAUGAGGAGUACACUUUUACGCUGCCGUGUGCGUACGCCCGCUCCAUCCUCACUGUUCCUUGGGUGGAACUGGGUGGCAAAGUUAACAUCAACUGUUCCAAGUCAGGUUACUCUGCAGUAAUCACCUUCCAGACGAAACCAUUCUAUGGCGGUAAACUCCACAAGGUUACAGCAGAGGUGAAGCACAAUGCUACCAACAUGGUAGUGUGUCGCGUGCAGGGCGAGUGGAAUGGCAUUUUAGAGUUCAGCUAUACCAGUGGUGACACGAGGGUUGUGGACGUCACCAAACUGCCUGUAACAAGGAAGCUGGUUCGACCCAUUGAUAAGCAGGGACCAACUGAAUCCAGGCGCCUGUGGCAGCACGUGACAGAGUCCCUGCGGCAGCGGGACAUUGAGAAAGCCACAGAGCACAAGAGAAUUCUCGAGGAGAGGCAGCGUAAAGAAGAGAGGCAUCGUGCUGAGACAGAAACUGCUUGGAGGACCAGAUAUUUCAACAGAGAGGGCGAAGGCUGGGUUUAUCACAAACCUAUCUGGAAAAAUUCUUCUGUCAAAUCCUAGUGUCUUUAAACUAUAUCUGGGAUGCUGACAUUUUAAUUUUGGGAGUGUGUGUGUGCGUGACUACAGAUGUGCAGAUGCGUGAUUGACGGUUAAGUGACAACAGCAUGACCUGCACUGACCUAUGGAUACAUGAAAUGUGGAAGGACGGAUUGAGACGGCAUGAUUUUCUCUGAUAAAUCUCACACAUCACAUCGUGACCAUUCUUAUUUUCUUAUCCACAGUUAACCACUGCACAGUCGUAUACUCACUGAAAUAGCCUUAAACAUUCUGACUUAUAAUACUCAUCCUGACAUGGCUCUCAUACUUGAUUUUUUCUUUCUUUUAUUUUAAACCGUUUUCAUCGCCAUUCUAGUGCAAUGACACAUUUCUAUUCUGCUAAGAAUAGGAUCCAGUUAUAAGUUAGCCACUCGCACAGGCUCAUCUGCGGUUGAUCUGUGGCAGUAGCUCAUUCCGUUGCUGUCUCUUUUUCUGUCCUGUUUUCAUAAUUAAUGCUAAGCUCACGUGCUGGAGAACUUUUCUUCACCCUCUAGCAUUUGUACAAGCAGUAUGCGAAUACGAAAAAGGUUUACAAGAGGUGAUGUGUUAUAAUCGAGUCUAUUUAAAUAUAAUGAAUAACAUGCUGUCUGAAAAUUUAGCAUGAAGUGCUUCUUAAGCAGAGUUGUUAGUUCCCAGUUGUCAGCUGUGUGCUCAUCAGUUUAUAAUUAAGCUGUCUUUCAGGUUUGCUCUUAGCAGAAGGUUUAAACCAGGUGUUGUUCAUAUACUGCUGAGACGGUUUCAGUCAGACAUGAUUUCCUUUAUACGGCUGAUUUCUACAUGGUCAUAUAGAAUAUAAACUGAACCAGGAAUUUCAGACCAAUCUGUGAAUAUACUUUUAAGAACAUUGCAUUGUCUCUCCAUAUUUUCUUGAUGAUUUGGUUUGUUGUGUUUCAUGUGAAUUGUUGAAUAAAGUCACUCUGCUGCACUGUUGUCUAAGGCUGAUGGUGAGAACGUCAGGAGGGAAACGUGUCAGGCGUACUAAUACCACAUCAGAUGAUGUCGUUUGGUUUUGCAGUGAAUGAAAUUACUUCUACACGCAUGUUUUGCAAAGUGUCCUGACACAAAGUACACAGUACUUCUGCGUCUCCAAAUAUUGUUGUAAAGGCUUUCAAUUCAAUUUGAUUAUUUUAUAAUGCAAAUAAAUAUUUUCUCUGAA